AUGCCAUCGCGAUGGCGCAAUGGACUCGACUCGAACCGUACCCGAAUUGAAAUCCUCCUUCCUCCGGACGCAAGUGCGCAUCCUGUCGGAAAGUCUCGAGGCGCCCGAGAACUGGAAACAAUAUGCGACCGACCCGGAGAACGACGAACUGACUGAUAAGGUGGUGGGAGAUGUUUUGCAGAAAUUGAACGCGGCUUUGAAACAGCAUAACCGGAUUGUUUACUCGUCGCAGGCGAUCCAUCAUGUCGCACAGCAAAUCGCCAGUCUCUACUGGAAAACGAUCACCCAGGCUUCGCGCAACCAGCAUUCUCUCGAGAGGGGGGUCGAGAAGACAGUGGAUUUGUCAAGUCAUAUGAAUAUCACUCAGUUACCGGUGGAAUUAAGUGAUCCCUCUGCAAGCGAGGAGGAUCGUCUCAGGUAUCAACAACUCCGCGAACGCCUGAUCGGCCUCGACAACCGACGACAACAGCGACAGCGGCGCCUAGACCAGCUGCGACAGUUACAACAUCUGCUCGAACCGUUCCAAGAACCCCAAGAAAACAUCCAGCCAAACCUUGUCACUCGAGAUGGAGAGCUGAUGCAGGAACUUGAGAAAAUGAGAAUGUUGACUGCACGGGUUGGAGGCCGGAUUCAUCAAAGUCAGCGGCCAGACAGUAGCCAGGAGAGGACGGCAACGUAUUCUCUGGGGUCUGAUGAAAAGAUAGCAGCCUUAUUUGAUAUGAUGUAAUGAAUGAAUGGAUUGUAUACACUGGGGUGGGCCAAGGCAGGCACCUACUACAGCAACCUGGAAAAAAAAAAUAAAAAUAAUAAUAAAGAACAGAGAGAAGAAGACAAGAAGAGUCU